AUGUCAUCAUCAUCAUCGUCAUCAUCAUUAAUAUUCCCACAACCCACGGAAUCCAGAGCUACCGAGCUCGUUCAAAACUACAACAAUGUACUCGCAAAAGUACACGCCUUGAAUCCCAAAACGAGAUUAGUUGCAGUGUCAAAAUUCAAACCUGCCUCCGAUAUCAUGGCCUUGUACUCUAUUGGAGUACGGCACUUUGGAGAAAACUACGUGCAGGAACUCGUUGCCAAAUCCGAGGAGUUACCCAAGGACAUAUGUUGGCAUUUCAUUGGCGGCUUGCAGCUGGGUAAAUGCAAAGAUCUCAGUAAUAAAGUGUCAAAUUUAUGGGCGGUGGAGACGGUAGAUAGUUUGAAAAAAUGUCGGCAGUUGAAUAAUGCAAGGGAGAGGAAAGAGGGCGAGGUCAUUAACGUUUAUUUGCAAGUCAACACUUCUGGCGAGGAACAGAAAUCGGGUUUUUUGCAAAUGUCGGACUUGGAAGAGACGAUAAAGUAUAUUCAGAGUGAUGACUGCAAGAAGUUGGAGCUUGUAGGGUUGAUGACAAUUGGAUCGAUAGCCGAAUCGAAAUCAGGUCAUGAAGAGAACUAUGACUUCAAGAAAUUGGUUGAGUGGAAAAAAGUCUUGGAUGAAAAGUAUCAUUUCGAUUUAGAGUUGAGCAUGGGAAUGAGUAACGAUUAUGAACAAGCUAUCAAACAAGGCAGCUCUUGCGUAAGAGUGGGGUCGUCCAUCUUUGGCGCAAGGCCACCAAAGCUGGAGAAGUAA